AUGAUCAAUCAAACAAUCACAGCUGCACUGCUUCUUUUUGCGAGUUUUCAAUUUGUAGUGAUAUUUGGAGAAAUUUCGUCGACGGACACUGCACAGUUCGACUUCGCUGUUGCUUUGAUAAAAGAAAUAGCACAGAACGAUGAAUCAACGAUUUCAUCCCCUGCUUCAAUAUCAACCGCACUCUUUAUGCUUUAUCUCGCAGCUGAUGGUGAAACCAAGCAAAAAUUGUCGGAAAUUCUUGGAAGAAAUGCAAGGAAAACACAAAUUCAAGAAUAUUAUGGUAAAUUAUUGGCAAGUAGCGAUGGUACAAAGAGUAAAAGUUAUAUGCUAAAUAUAGCAAAUCGUUUAUAUGUACCAAAAGAAUUUUCAAUAAAGCCGAGCAUUCCCCAUAUAUUUCAAUUUUAUUUUGGCGAAACGCUACAUAGAUUCAAUGAUGGACGAAGUGGUCAACUUAUUAAGGAAAUUAAUAGAUGGGCUUCGAAAAACACCAACAAUAGGAUUGUGGACUUGAUGGAAACGACCAAAAUUAAUUCACAAAAAACCAAAAUGCUACUGCUGAACACAAUUCACUUUGAGGCUGUUUGGAGGAAACCGUUCUUCACCGAUAAAACUCAGAAUGAAAUGUUUCAAGUUUCUAAAAGCAAAAAGAUUAUGAUGCCAAUGAUGCAAUUAAAUGCAGUACUGAAGUAUUACGAAGACAAACUUGUACAAGUUGUCAAGCUUCCUUAUGUCAGCGAUAAAAUAGAAAUGGUAAUUAUAUUGCCAAAAGCUCGUUUUGAAUUACAUAAGGUUCGCGAAGAGAUGACAGGAAGGCAUUUAAGACGGUACAUUGAAAAUGCUGUGCCAACUAAAGUAGAGCUAAAAUUACCAAAGUUCGAAUUGCAACAAAAGUUGGAUUUGGAGGAUGUUUUGAAAAAGAUUGGCAUCACAUAUAUUUUCAGUAAAAAAGCUAACUUCAAUGCACUUAGUGACAAUUCAGUUUCUAUUAGCAAUAUUAUACACAAAACUUCAUUUGGGGUAAAUGAAAAAGGGACGGAAUCUACGAAGGAAACUGGAUUCAAUUCUCCAAGUUUCAUAUUUCCGUACAGUACUGUGUUCAAUGCUAAUCAUCCAUUCCUGUUUUUUGUUAUUAGGAAGUCUCAAGAUGUUCUGUUUGCUGGUGAAUGUUGCAAGAAAACAAAUAAGCAUAUAAGUUUUACGGAUGAUUCAAAAAAUUCGCUGUAUCAAACGUUGUUUCUUAUUUAA